CUCUCACGCUUUGGGGGAGAGAUUGUCAGCGUUCGCUGGCUGGCUGCAUGGCUUGCCUUCGCUCGUCUCUUGCUUCACAGAUGCUUGGUUGACAUGCCAGCCACUGCGCUCCAGCCCAAGCCCAAGCCUACCGUCUUUCUUCUCCCAUGCUGUGCUGCCUCAGCGGCAUCGCCACUGACUCGCACCACCUCUGGCGGGCACGACGGUUCGGCAUCCAUGGCACGGGUGCUCCCCCAACUUGGCCCGCACACGGUCCCUCACGCAUGCCCAUAGACAGCACUGUAUUCCCGGGUCCAACAAAAUGGCGACUCCAUCACACACAUUCCAUCAUCUCCCGCAACACGCGCGAGGCCCGUGUUGAGGUGGUGAUUAUAUUUCCAACACCAACACCAUGUCGUGGCUGCGACCAAGACGCUCACGCAUGCACAUGCACCAGCAACUUUUUCUCCCGACUGCCCACAGCCCACAGCCCUCAGCCCUCACAUAGCCCUCAGCUGGCCGUCCGUGGCCAAACCGAAUGGUCCUCGUGUGCAUUGGACGUGCAUACACGUCUUGCCUGGAUGCUGCGCAACGCCAGGGGUGACCCCUUCAGGUUACGAUGCUCAGGCUGCCGUGCAACAAUGGCGGGUCGACGGCACACACACACACACAAGCGGAAAAUAUGACCUGAUGCUCUUCCCUCCCCUCUCAGACAUGGCAUUCCUACUCCCAGCACGUUACGCGCUGUUCUAUUCUAAUUGCAAUCUGCGUCGCAAUAUGGGGCCGCAUCAACGGUGCGUCGACAUGCUACCGCAGCUGACGGCUGCCGCUUUGGAAGCCAAUGGCCGACGAGGCGGAAAUACCAGCAACCCAGCACUGACCAGGCGAUGGCCUAGUCUCGAAGGAUAAUCGUGGGUUCAGAAAUCCCUGCU